AUGGCUGGCGUCGCUUACUACACCAUUGCCGGCAAGCAGGUCGGCGGUCACUACCUGGCCAUGGCCUGGUUGGCCUCCCUCUACGCCGGUGUCAAGUAUGCCACCUCUGGCAGCUCCAGCAAGCCCAGCGCCACCGCCGCUCCCCCGAUCAACGCCUCCAGCUCCGACGAGGCUGACUUCAUCAAGAACUUCCUCGAGCAGCAGGACAAGAAGAACUAA